GCGCGCAGGCGCACUUCCUGAGUCUGAAGGUCAAACUAAAGAGGGCAGCCCUUAUAUCCGCGCAGGCGCAAAUGUUCGCCGGGAGCCAAGAUGUCGUUUUCCAAGUAUAAGCCUGCACCCCUGGCCGCUCUCCCCAAUACCCUCGACCCCGCCGAGUAUGACGUGUCUCCGGAGACCCGAAAGGCGCAGGUCGAGCGCAUGAGCAUAAGGGCCCGGCUUAAACGGGAGUAUCUGCUUCAGUACAACGACCCCAAACGCCAAACGCACAUCGAGGAUCCUGCCUUGAUUCGUUGGACCUAUGCAAGAUCAGCAAAUGUUUAUCCUAAUUUCAGACCCACUCCCAAGAACUCACUUUUAGGAGCAGUGGCAGGUUUAGGGCCUCUCAUCUUCUGGUAUUACGUUAUCAAAACAGACAGGGACAAAAAGGAAAGACUUAUCCAGGAAGGAAAACUGGACAGAAAAUUUAGCAUCUCCUACUAAGUUCGGCAAGGAUGCCUCUGUUCUUGCAUCAAUAAAUCUCCUAUUAAUCAGUCA